AUGGAUGCCAUGGUUUUAGUUUUUGAAUUUGGCACCACUGGCCGCUUCUUGAUCACCCAAGCAAUGAGUAUUCUGCAGCCCGAGAAUACCGUUGAUAUCUGCCAAUUACCAACUUCGAGUGAAACA